UGAAAAAGUCACAAGCUCUCAUUCCACCAGUGAUUUUAGCAGUGGGAAACAAAACACAAAGAUAUUCAACAAAGUCUGCUGAAGGAUUUCCAUCAGCUCUUCUUACAUAUAGAAAACCCUAGUGCAACUUCUUAAAGAACCAAAAAUCCAAAGAAAAAAAAAAAAAAAAAAAAAAAAAAGCCAUAGAAGUCAUGCCAUUCUUCUAUCAUUUUCUCAUCUUCUUCCUCCUCUUUCCCUUGUAUAAUGCUGAUCCCAUAGGCGAGUUUUGCAACAAAGACAAGAACAUAAGCAGCAGCCGAACAUCCACCACCAUUGAUCGCGUUUUGGCCCAGCUGGUCACGAAAGCAUCCUCAGAUGGCUUCGCAACUGCCUCUUCCGGUGGUGGUCGCAUCGAAACUGUCUAUGGCCUCGCACAAUGUAGAGGCGACGUGUCCAGUAAAGACUGCUCGGCAUGCAUCGCUGAUGCAGCAAAGCAGAUCCGGCAGCUGUGCCCGAAUGAGGCUGAUGCAAGGAUAUGGUAUGAUUACUGUUUCUUGCGCUAUGACACUGAAGAUUUCGUCGGGAAGUUGGAUGCCGGGGUUGGAUUAAUCUUUUAUAAUGUAAAUAACGUCACAGAUCCCGACACAUUCAACAGAGAACUGGGAACACUGGUUGAAAGAAUCCGAGCGGAGGCACUCGCACCCUCGAACAAUGGCUUGGGCAAGGGUAAGACAAAGAUCUCACCAUUCGUGACCAUAUACGGGUUGGUGCAAUGCACUAGAGACCUAUCAAGGCUAUCUUGCGAACAGUGCUUGGCCAUAGCGAUUGCGAAUUUCCCCAAAUACUGCAAGGAUAAGGAGGGUUGUCAAAUUAAUUACAGUAGUUGCCGUGCUCGAUAUGAAAUCUAUCCUUUCUUCUUCCCUCUGGACUCAAGCAAGAAGGUGUUUAGCACUUCGUUGAGGGUGUUAGUGUACCCUUAGUGUUAUUCGAAAGCAAUCACAAAGUCCCACAAAUUCCGUAUUAUAUUCUAUGUAUUAUGGUCUAUGCAAAUCAUGUUAUAAGCUUUUAGAAUCCGCAAUCGGCCAAUGUAAUGAUCCAAUGGACUGUAGGAUCAAUGGUUGGAUGUUGUUAAUGUUCUCCACUAAGCAGGCAAUAAAUUGAAUCAAAAUUUAGCAGUUUUAAGUAGAA